AAUAACUGUGCUUGUUGUGUCUGUGUGCGAGCGACCGAGCGUGCUAGUGUGUGUGUGUGUGCAACGUUUCGGUGGUGGUUAACAACCCCCAGCAACAGCAACAACAACAACUACUACAAAGCUCGUAGUGGCAAGGGCAAAUCCAGCAAAGUUUUCGGGGUUGCAGACAGUUGGCAAACAAGCUGCGAAUAUCCGUUUAAAUAGCCAUAAAUAUUCAACAAAAAUAAAAUAGAAAAUAAAAUUCAAAAAUGAGCGAUGCAGGCGGACCGAAUGGCUAUCAAAAGCUGCCGCCGGGUUGGGACUGCAAAUAUGAUCAAACGACGGGCAACUGCUAUUACAUAAACUAUCUGACCAAGGCUAUGCAGCUGGAGGAUCCGCGCGCCGGACGCAGCAGCUACAAACAGUUGCAAAAUGAACGCUGCUCCACAGAGUCCAUAGCGCUGCAGCCUCUGACACAACACUCACAUCACAGCUCACCCUUCCAUGUGGUGCAUCCCAGCAACAAUCUAACAGCCGUGCGUGCCUUCCAGGAGCGCGCCUUGCACAAUCUAUCAACGAGUCCGCUGCUCUCCGCCUCCUCGCGUGGACAACUGGAGCUCUCUUCGCCUCUGCCCCUGCAGCGUGCCCGUCUGCCCUCCAACAUGUCGCGCCGCUCCACCAUUCAGGAGACCUCGUUCAGCGACACCCAAGCGGUGGUCACCAAGAUACAGAACAUGUUUCCCACAGCCGAUGAGAACCACAUACGCCUACUGCUGAAGCGUUAUUAUAAUCGCGAGGCCGUCGUCAUCAGCGCUUUGCAGGUGGAAAAGCAUCCCGUUACAAUGCCUGGUCCAUUUGUGACGCCACCCGCUCAACGUCACCUGUUCCACAGUAAUUCCGCUUUCUAUAUGACACCACCGGCGCGUCGCCUGGACAUGGGCGCUAGUCGAGUCACGGUGACCUCACGCACGGCCAGUCCCCUGCCCGGCGGCCGCUUCGGUAGUCUCAUGAGCAUGCAAAGUGGACACCAGCAAACAGGAGCAGCAACAGCAGCUGGCGCUGGAGUUGGAGUUGGAGUUGGAGUCGUGGCUAUGGGUCUGCACGGCUCGCCGCAGUGGCGCAGCUCCCCCAAGCCCCACUCCUCGCCCAAAAUGAAAUUGAGAUACAUGAAGAACAUAUUCCCCAAGGCUGAUGAGAUGCUGCUGCUGGAUAUCCUGGCCAAUGCGGACAACAACGUGCAGUUCGCCUCGGAGAAGCUGAUCUCGUUGGGCUAUGUCAAACGGGACAUGCAGCAGCCGCACAAACCCAACAAUCGGCCGCCGCAGCUGGAGUCGGAGCAGCAGGAUCAAGCUGUGCAGCAUAUACCGCUGCGACCCAAGGAAUACACAGCCGAGCAGAAGGCAGAGAUGGAGUCGCUGCUCAAGCAGAAGUAUCCGCACAUAGCUGAGCGCAUCAUUUUGAUGGCCUUGGAGUCUGUGAACUAUGCGGAGGAUCGGGCCACGCAAAUCUUGCAAAUCGUGCAGGACGAGGAUGAGCAGCGCAGCCAAAAGCAAACGCUGAGCACGUCUCAGCCGGCAGCAGCUGAGAUGAAGCUAAAGGUGGAUCAAGUGGAUGCCCUACACAGCAGCAAGCCACAUAAGCAACAUCGCCAUUUGCCAUCCAUCAAUGUCAUCACACCCACCACGGCCACCACACAGAUCAUCCUGAGCCAUGAGCAAACGCCGGAGCAGCUGGCCAACGAUUCAGGCUGCCAGUCUGAGUCGAAGGCAGCAGCAACUGCCUUACAGCUGUCAGCUUCCAGCAUUUCCAGUGCAUCCACGCACUCAUAUGCCUCGCCGGCUCAAUCGCCCACGCGUCCAAGCUAUGAGCGCUUAACCACCAAGAGUAUGCUAGCGCGUUCCAGCUGCUACAAUAACUACAACAGCAACAGCAACAACAAUAACAACAAUGGCAGCAACAGCAACAACAACAACAACAACGACAACAACAACUACAGCAACAACAGCUAUGCCUCGUAUAGCACAUCGAUGGGAUCGUCAACUGUUUCGGCCAGCUCCAUAGCGAAGGCAUUUGAAAGUCGCGCGCGCACCAAAACCGAUUCACUGAAACAGCGACAGCUUUCCUCGCAGCUGGACAAUGGCCAACAUUUGGAGUCGGGUGAAUUUCAAUCACUGAUCGAACGAAUGGCUACGCUUGGAGCCAAUGCACAGUUGGCCAAGGGAGCUGAUGAGCAUCUCUUGCUCGCCGACUACGUCACUUGGAAUGGACCAAACACAACGCUCUGCCAGAAGCAAACUCCACAAGGCCCAGAUGCUGGUCUAAUAGGUGGAGAGCGUGGCUACAAAGCAGUUGGCAGAAAUGCGGAGCUGUGCAAAGGCGCCAAGAAGGAGCUGAGCAAAGGGAGCAUCUAUGCACGCAGCAAAGGCGCCAACAUCAAAUGCAAUUAGAAUAGGCCUGGCAGAGAUCCUUCACGUGCCAAAAAAAUUACCAAGGAGCACUCUAACUUGACUUUAACUACAAUUUGCUCUCAAUGUGUUCCCUAUAUACAUGAUACAUAUUCCAUUUAUAUAUAGAGCGAUACAUAGAUCAUACAUAUGUCUUUAGCACGCACUUACCAAUUCCAUCCACAAAUCCAAUUGAAUAUUUUUUGGUGUUCGUAUAAAAAACUUUUUGC